AUGACGUUUCGACGACAAGCUGAAGAUCGUGUUAUUUUGAACAAACAGGUACCAGGAUCAGAAGUCAAGAUGAUAACGGUACCAAUAUCAGCCUCCAGCCCCUACAGAUCUUACAGCGACGGCAGUAAGGUCGCUAAGGAGCCCUUGGUCAGGACAGCGGAAGAUCAUCUUUUGCCGAAUGCACAAAUUUGUAAAGAGUCCUUGAAAGACAUGAAGGAACAUUCGGCAGCCCAACGAAUGGAGAGAGAUAAGGACUCGCCACAGCGGUCGCAGAGCAGCGCGGCUAGCUUAAUUUCUAUAGGUGCCGAUAUAUCUCCGAGUUCUUCCCAAUUCUUUGAAGUAUUCUAUAUUGGCAAAAUCAAAGUAUCGAGUCCAAAAGUACCAGAAUCAUUCAUUGACGACGCCUUGAUAAAGUUUCGCGUUCAUGGACUUGAAAAAUCGAGAUCUUCAACGAGUAAUCUUCUGUCAGAUUGCCAGCGAUUGAAACGUCAAGCUUUAAUGUCUUCCAUUAAUAGGAGAAACAGUACGGAAUCUACCGCCAGUGAAUCAGGCAGUAUUGAGAACGUGUCGGGAAAUAAUAUAAUUCCAAGCGUGAAUCCGCUUGGAAUACCGCCAGUCUUAAGUAGCUCCGUGGAGACUUUUCCAAGAACAACCACCAACCCCGCAGAAAACGAUGGUCGUGAUGAGAAUCGAACCGAAUCUUCCGCUACUUCUAAUAUCACUGUACCUGAAAUUAUGCGAAAUCGCGCGGCAUCUACUGGCAGUGUUUUAAGUGGCAGAAGAGAUUCUACUAUUAAAGGAAACGAUGAUCACAAUCGCACUAUGGUUUUUCAGGUAGGGCGAUUUGAUCUGAGAUUAAUUAGCCCUGACAGAAAACAGAUUCUUCUGCACAAACAAUUAAAAGACGUAGCCAGUUGCGCACAAGGCGUAAAAAACCCUGAGCACUUUGGAUUUAUUUGCAAAGAGUCGGAAUAUUUCAUCGGAUAUGUUUUCAAAUGCCAAUCCGGAUCAGUCGCCGAUGACCUUGUUGCAGCAAUUAGUCAAGCUUUUCUUACGACUUGCGAUGUUGCAAGAAAGGAGAGGUAUUCUGUAUUUUCUUGCGAACACUGUCCUAUGUAUUGGUAUAAUAAAUUAUGCCAAGAAAUUGAAGGGCAAAAUGACAGAAGAGUUCAAAGUAUUAUCUUUUCCCGUAUGGAAUUAUUACCGGAGGAUGAGCAGGAAAUCGUUGUGAGCAAGUAUAAGGGUGCCGAGGCUGCGGGUAACAUUGGAGUAAGCUCCUCAAAUCUGCGAGAGCAAAAUCAAUUCUUAAUGCGACUAUUGCGUGCUCAUUGCGAGUCGAAACAAACUAGACAUGUACAUGAUACGGCUGAAAAUAGGAGUGAAUUUCUUAAUCAAUAUCUAAGCGUAGGUGUUGGUAGUACGAUAUUUAUGAAAGCAAAACGCUCUCUUACAAAUAGUUUUGAUAAUCUCAUGAAAAGAAAAGGUUCGCGUGAUGAUUUCGGCCUGGGCCCGCAACUGAGAGACACGAAUCAUCUGAGUACGGGAAUACAAAAGUAUGGUAGUCAGAGUCCAGAUAAUUCGCGACAAUCAUCUAUAUUGGACAUUUCGCCGGAAUCUAGUAGACCAAGAUCAUUGCGUGUUUCGCCUGAACAGCAAAUUGUAAAUAACGGACCAAAGAGUUCCAUGAUGGAUAUCUUUUUAAAAGUUGGUAACUCACCUAAAACAUCUCCUACGGAGACCGACGGGAAUAGCACAAUUCAAGCCAAUAGUUCGUGGCGGCAAACGAUACUAAACAGAGUUGUGACGCCGAAUAAAGAUCAUAACGCUACAGAAAUUGAAAAAAUCAAUAUCCUCAAAAAUUUGGAAACUCCCGUUAAACGUAGAUCAAAACAAGAAUUGCGAGAUUUGUGGAAGAAAGCGAUCAAUCAACAACUAAUACUUAUAAGGAUGGAAAAAGAAAACGCAAAGCUUAGAGAACGUCAAGAGGAGGCAACAGUAAAAAGGAUUAAACUCGAAUACGACGAGCUUAGUAGCUGCGCGCGUGAAGUAAUAGAAGUUUGGGACCUUCUUGUUAGCAAAGAAUCGCGAGUCUCUACUAAAUGUGAUAAUCAAAUGCUUUUACAUGCUAUUAAGCAAGGUGUACCAAAAGGAAAAAGAGGUGAGGUGUGGCAGUUUCUAGCCGAGCAAUUCUGCUUGAAACAACCACCUAUAGAUACUCAAGAGUUUCCAAAUUAUAACACACCGUACGAACUUCUCCUGAAACAACUCACAUCUCAACAACAUGCUAUCCUUAUUGAUUUGGGAAGAACUUUUCCGAGCCAUCCAUAUUUUAGUUCACCUUUGGGACCUGGUCAAUUAGCACUCUUUAAUUUAUUGAAGGCCUACUCCUUGCUAGAUCACGAAGUUGGUUAUUGUCAAGGUCUCAGUUUUGUCGCUGGAGUACUUCUUUUACAUAAUCAUUUCGAUAAACAUGAAGUUUCACCUACUUUAUAUGCCGCUCCGUGGUUAUUGACGCUGUUUUCUAGCCAAUUUCCCUUAGGUUUUGUAACCAGAGUUUUUGAUUUACUUUUUCUGGAAAGCUCCGAAGUUCUUUUCCGUGUAUCGGUCGCAUUAUUAGAAGAGCACCAAGAUCAAUUGCUAUGUUGCGAUAGCUUUGAAGAAAUUAUGGAAUAUCUCAAGACACGUGUGCCGGCGAUAGACAAACAAAGUUUAGAUCGCAUAAUGAAACGUGUAUUUUAUCCCGACUUAGAAAUCACAAAACAGUUGAACGAAUACAGAGUGGAAUACCAAGUACUUCAAGAGGAAAUGAUAUCGGUGAAGCCACAAAUGGAGAAUUUAGAGAAAUUCAAAUUAAAAAAUAAGCAACUCACGCAAGAAGUUGCACAGCUUAGCGAGCAACUUGAGAUUACUAUGAGCAACUUGCAUAGGCUUGAAACAGCGCGUUCAAUGCAACAAGCUACUAUCCAUAGACUUGAGUCUCAAAAUCGCAGCCUUGAAGUAACAGUGGCUACAUUGGGUGCGUUCAUUCAGCAAUUAGCGGAUACACGUUCCGAUAUCGAAGUUCCGGGCGAAGUUCGUAGAAUAAUCGCACAGCUGAGUAUGGUUGAGAAACGACGAAAUACUGGUACCAAAUCAUAUCCUUUGAAAGUCAUCGAAGACAACAAGCACGGAAUGAUAAAAAGUAAUUCAACUGGAAGAGAAUCUCAAAAUCUUUUAAAAAAUAAUGGCACGGAUACACCGUACCCAUUGAAGUCCACUCUGAGCCAACCCAACUUAGCAACGAAAUUAGAGAAAGUCUCUUCGUUUUUUUCGAACUCACACAAUCACAUACAAAAGCAACGUGCGCAAUUAGCAGCUCUUAGAAAUGAAUAUUCUGAACGAGUAAGAAACAACGACGAGAAUGAUCCUAAGACAGUCAACAUCGACAUUCAAAUUACGGAUACUAUGAAUCUGGCAAACAAUCCGCUUCCACAAAACGAAAACAAUUUAAAAGUUCCAGCUACCAAUUUAGAGAAAUCGAUAUCAUUACCACUGAAACUCAAAUUGAAAUCGUCGAAGUCAGCAUACGAGUUAAGUUCUGUGAGAAAGGUUCCUACUAGCAAGCUUGAAAUUACGAGUAAUGAUUCAUUAACAAAUUUGACAGGAACAAUACACCCACUCGAUACUUGUAGCGAUGUGAAUUUCCGGUUUAGUGGAACCACGAAACUAAAAUCUAUCAAACCUGUGAAAUCUAGUCAGAGUUGCCAGGAAGAUAGUAGUAACAAACAAAAGCCAGAACAAAUCUCCGAUCCUUUAAACAGAUAACAAUUACUUUCAAAUGCAUCUUCAAAGAGCAUCUUAUCGAAAAGAAUUUUCAUAAAAAAUAUAUAUUUAAAACGAUACUGGUGAUGAGUAACUUAAAGAUUGCAUCUUUAUAUUUGAUUAGUUUUGUGAUUUUCGCGUCAUAAAUUAGCCAAUUUUUAAGAGGGAAGUUUUAAAAUUGGCUAAUUUAUACAAUAGACAGAGGGAAGGAAAUGAUUCUUUUUUAUUCUUAUUCAGAUCUGAUGUGUUUGGCAACACAUUACAACUUAUGAAAGUGAAAUGUUCUACUGAAACUAUAUUGAACAUUUGGAAAUCUCAUAUAUAGUACAGAUAUAUAGUCGAUUGAAAAUCCACUAUCUCCAAAUGAACAUUUAAAACUAUAUAUAAAGACGCAUUAAGUAUUCAGAAAAUGAGAUAAAGAUAUCAAAAUAAGGUACUAAAGAUAUAUACAUAUAUACAACCAGUUUCAGAUUGCCAAAGGAAGUGCCAAACUUUCUCUCUCUGUGUUAGAAUAUAUUUUAUAAUAAGACAAAAACAAUUUUAGUUACUUAAAGAUAAAUAUAUAAUAUAUAUGUACAUAU